CGCCAUCCAGAGAAGGUUGGCGGCAGGGUUGCGUGGCAGAGAGCAUGGGACCAGACGACAGGAAGGGGGCUGGUUAGCGCAUAGCCAUCUAUUAACGAAGCAAUAUCGAGAUACUAAACUACCACCUACCAUAGCCAAAAGUUCGAGAUCUCCGGAGCUCGUUGUCGCGCUUGUGCUGCUAUAUAUUAGCCAUCCUCGACCCCCGACUUCUCCAGCAGUGGUACAUACCCCAGAGACCCUGCCGCCUCCACACUUCGACGCAGCCUCGUCUUUCGUCGCCGAACCACGCCAUCGCGAUGACUCGUGCUCUCGUCACCCUGCUGGCUGCGGCCGCAGCCAUCCAACAAGCCGUCGCCGCGCCUAUUGCCCAGAACGGAGCUGAGGGCGCCGCUAAGGAGAAGCGCCAGGGGAGUGACCUCCCUCCAUUCCCUACCGGUGGCUUCCCGCCUUUCCCUACCGGCGGUUUCCCUCCUAUUCCUACCGGCGGCUUCCCUCCCAUCCCAACUGGCGGCUUUCCUCCUGUUCCUACCGGCGACUUCCCUCCCAUUCCCACGGGUCUCAUUCCGGGCUUGCCUCCUGCGAACCCUGAAGAGGCUCCGGAUAAGGAGAAGCGCCAGGGGAGUGACCUCCCUCCGUUCCCGACCGGCGGCUUCCCGCCUUUCCCUACGGGCGGUUUCCCUCCUUUCCCCACUGGCGGCUUUCCUCCUGUUCCUACCGGCGGCUUCCCUCCAUUCCCCACCGGCGGGUUCCCUCCUUUUCCCACCGGCGGCUUUCCUCCUGUCCCUACCGGCGGUUUCCCUCCCGUUCCUACGGGUCCCGCCCCGGGCUGGCCCCCGAAGCCCCCGGCCGAGCCCCCUGUGAAGGCUUGAGGAGUAGGAGCGUGGUCUGACGCCAUUGCCCCACGGAUCCCGCUUUCGGCUCGGCCUCGCGUUCCGCCCCGGCAAGAAGACGACCUCGUUCAGCCGCCCGCCUCCGCCUGCGACUGCUUCGAGCGCUGCGGCUCAAAGGGAAAACCACGAUAAUCUGGAGGCGAGUGGGUGAUGAAUCAAAGGGGACUCGGAAGAAUUUGGUGUGAAGGCCCGUUGGGAGGGAAGAGUGUUCGGAAAUCGGGUGUUCUGUCUGUCCUUAAACAAGCUUUGCUUCGACCUAGUUUUUGUCUUACUUCCUUCCAUGACUUUCUUCUGAGUGCCUCAGUCCUGGCGGCACACAUAAUUAUGUAAUGUCGUCGAACGAGGGGACGUUGAGUGUUAAUUUGAGAUUUAGCUACUUGAAAAAUUUCAUUUCGUUCACUAGGAUUGUCGGUAAAUUGUGUGUGAAGUGAUGGCUAAAGUGUGCCUU